GAGACGAGCUGGAGAAAAACCGCUCGCAAUGCGCGAGGAGGUAGCGGUCCAGCCAAUUGGAGAGCGCGGAAUGCAGUAGAUGGGCGGGGCCUCGCGAAGCACAGCAGCGAGCCAACCUACCUUCAUGCUUAUUGUGUAAAUCUUUAAAAACCAAUGAGCCGCUGCAUCACCUAAACCUUCCUCUUUGGGUCCUUAAAAUACGGAUUUGUUUUACGGAACUGUUUCGUAGCGGUGUGAGGGAAUCAGACACCCAGAACCAUGACCGACAGGAAAGCGGUGAUCAAGAACGCAGACAUGUCCGAGGACAUGCAGCAGGACGCCGUGGACUGUGCCACCCAGGCCAUGGAGAAGUACAACAUAGAGAAGGACAUAGCAGCCUACAUCAAGAAGGAGUUUGACAAGAAGUACAAUCCGACCUGGCACUGCAUCGUUGGGAGGAACUUUGGCAGCUACGUCACCCAUGAGACAAAGCAUUUUAUUUAUUUCUACCUGGGCCAAGUGGCCAUCUUGCUUUUCAAGUCCGGCUGAGAAGUUUCUGAUUGGUAUUGAGGAGUUUUUCUCCCUGAGCCUAAAUCGGAAAUGCACUGGUGGCUGAUGUCUCCCAUACACUAAUAAUGACAUACCAUAAUGAUGCAAAAUCCGCCGUGCGCAGUUGCAUGGACUAUACACUAUAUAAUAUGUAUGUUACGGUAAGUUUACUUUUUGAUAGUUGCCAUUUGGAUGCAACUGGAGUAGUUUUUGUUGAUGCUGUUAAAUUCUAGGUUGUAAAAGAUUUCGUUGUGGCCCUUGAUUGUAAAACAAAGGAAAGCUGUAGAAUGUAGUGGUUCACCUGCUCUCCUUCACAAGCGGCAUUGCCAGCCCCCCUCAUGAGUUUGUUGUUUUAGACGGUAACGUUUUACCUCACUCUCCGUCUUGGAUCGAACACUAUUAAAACAUUUGAGUUUCUUUUUAAAAGAUCUGGUCUGUUUUGUUCCCUCUGUUUAAUUCCCUUUUUGGAUUUGAGUGAAAUCCCCCAGCAGAGAGUGAAACUUUUGCAGCCGCGCUCAGAGAAGGUGUCACACCGUCUGACAAACUCAACACCUUGGAGCCAGCACCAGAGUGCGGACGCCUCCGGGGACGUUUUGUUUGUCAAAUCUCAAAUUUUCACUGUGAACGAUGGAGCAGUUGGGGCUCUCAUCCACAGACCUUAGCCUGUAAUGUCCAUGCUACGACGCUACUGACUCUACCAGACCCACCCAGCUAGAGUUUUAUUAUGGUGUUUCUGCAUGUUUGGAGGACAAGAACCACAUUUCAUCCGUCAGCUACAAGACUCAAAACUAUUGUUUUACUGGAGUCAGUUAGCCUCUUCAGCUCUUGAGUAUGUAGAUAUUGGACGUAAUUGACGUGUGUCUCGUCCCGUUUAUUGCUAUAGAGCAGCGUUAGGCAGAUGUGUAGUUGGACACCUGCUUUCAAGUCCUACUUGGCUACCAUCUCCCCUGUGAUUUGGAUGGUUGUGUUGUCUCAUGUGGAUUGUGAUAUUUUAAACCUGCAGCUUUUAGUUUUGAGUUGCUGGAGCUCCGCCAGGCGUGCAAGGUCAGAAAAGCGUUCUACAACUAACUGUUUAUUUCUUUUAACAAAUAGGGUUUAAUUUAGCAAUAUUUAAUUAGAUGAGUCUGAAAAGACAACGCACAAUGUUUGGUUUCUGUUAGAGGACAGACGGAAGUUCUUUAGUCCUCGGAGCUGGUUAACACCACACGUCUGGGCAUGCAGCCUGAGUUGUGUUUCCCAUACGUCUGCUAUGGGUCAAAUGUUCAUCAAGUGUUAGCUUGGGUUGAUGUUGUUUUUAAGGGACGUCUUCCUAAUUAUUGUCGGUGUACAAAAACAUUAUUUUUUGUUUUCUGGCAUGUAUUUUUGCGAUGUAUGUGUACUGUAGGAGCCGUUUCAAUGCUGUUAAAUUUGCACAAAACGUGCCUGUCUUUGCUCUCAACUGUAACUGGCUUGAGUACAAUUGCACUUCAUUAGAAUUGUCCAGUAGGUUGCUACAGAACCAAAAUGGUAUGAACUCGAUAAAAAUAAAAAUUCAUUGUUGAGUUAUUA